AUGGCUAGCUAUUGCAUUUUGUAUUUGUUUUUUCUUUUAAUUUCAUUUAAUGAGUACUUUUUUAAUAAAGGGAAAAUAACACACAGCCCUAUUAAUGUAUACUAUAAAAAUUAUUCUGAGCAUUUACCAAAUGAUCAAAGAGAUAAACUAAUGGAUAUACUUUUACACAGUCCAGAGAAUGACACAAAUUUUGAUAUGUUCAAUUCUAUCGAUGUAAAAAAAAUUGAGGAAAAUGGAAAGGGACUAGAUAUGCUAUUGAAAAAGCAGGAAGAGCUAUCAAAUAAAAUAAGAAAGGAGUUAAAGGGAUAUAAUAAAAGAAGUGAAAAGAUGUCUAUAAAAUAUAACCAUGAUGCCAAAAAAAUAAAUUCGGAUACAGAGAAAAAUAUGGAAAAGGAAGAAAAUGUAUUUGAUGUCGAUACCAAAAUCGAUGUAUCACCUAAUACACUGAGCGAGCCAAUAGUUGUUAUUAAAGUACCAUGGAUAAAUCUAUAUGAUCAAAUUGAAAUGGAUCAUGAAAUAGGAAAAUUAAUAGAUUUAGAUAAUGAAGAGUUAUUCUAUUAA